UCCUGGCGCUAGGUUCUGCCUGCGGCCGGGCGCUGGCUCAGUCUCGGCUGCUUGCCGCUGUCGCUCCGGGGCUGCGGGAUGACGCCUCCUCCUCCCGGACGUGCCGCCCCCAGCGCACCGCGCGCCCGCGUCCUCAGCCCGCCGGCUCGGUUCGGGCUCCCGCUGCGGCUGCGACUGCUGCUGCUGUCCUGGGUGGCCGCCGCCUCCGCCCAAGGCCACUCGAGGAGCGGACCCCGCAUCUCCGCCGUCUGGAAAGGGCAGGACCAUGUGGACUUCGGCCAGUCUGAGCCACACACGGUGCUUCUCCAUGAGCCGGGCAGCUUCUCUGUGUGGGUGGGUGGACGUGGCAAGGUCUACCACUUCAACUUCCCCGAGGGCAAGAAUGCCUCCGUGCGCACGGUAAACAUUGGCUCCACAAAGGGGUCCUGCCAGGACAAACAGGACUGUGAGAACUAUAUCACUCUUCUAGAGAGGCGAGGUAAUGGGCUGCUGGUCUGUGGCACCAAUGCCCGGAAACCCAGCUGCUGGAACUUGGUGAAUGACAGUGUGGUGACGUCACUUGGUGAGAUGAAAGGCUACGCCCCCUUCAGCCCAGAUGAGAACUCCCUGGUUCUGUUUGAAGGGGAUGAAGUGUACUCUACCAUCCGGAAGCAAGAAUACAACGGGAAGAUCCCUCGGUUCCGCCGCAUCCGGGGCGAGAGUGAGCUGUAUACAAGUGAUACUGUCAUGCAGAACCCACAGUUCAUCAAGGCCACCAUUGUGCACCAAGACCAAGCCUAUGAUGACAAGAUCUACUACUUCUUCCGGGAGGACAAUCCGGACAAGAACCCAGAGGCUCCUCUCAAUGUGUCCCGAGUGGCCCAGCUGUGCAGGGGAGACCAGGGUGGUGAGAGUUCAUUGUCUGUCUCCAAGUGGAACACCUUCCUGAAAGCCAUGCUAGUAUGCAGUGAUGCAGCCACCAACAGGAACUUCAAUCGGCUGCAGGAUGUCUUCCUGCUGCCUGACCCCAGUGGCCAGUGGAGGGACACCAGGGUCUAUGGCGUUUUCUCCAACCCCUGGAACUACUCAGCUGUUUGCGUGUAUUCUCUUGGUGACAUUGACCAAGUCUUCCGUACCUCUUCACUCAAGGGCUAUCACAUGGGCCUUCCCAACCCUCGACCUGGCAUGUGCCUCCCAAAGAAGCAACCCAUACCAACAGAAACCUUCCAGGUAGCCGAUAGUCACCCAGAAGUAUCACAGAGGGUGGAGCCCAUGGGGCCACUGAAGACACCAUUGUUUCACUCUAAGUACCAUUACCAGAAAGUGGUCGUCCACCGCAUGCAAGCCAGCAGUGGAGAGACCUUCCAUGUCCUUUAUCUAACCACAGACAGGGGCACCAUUCACAAGGUGGUGGAAUCAGGGGACCAGGGACACAGCUUCGUCUUCAAUAUCAUGGAGAUCCAGCCAUUCCACCGCGCAGCGGCCAUCCAGGCCAUAUCAUUGGAUGCCGACCGGCGGAAGCUGUAUGUGAGCUCCCAGUGGGAAGUGAGCCAAGUACCCCUGGACAUGUGUGAGGUUUACAGCGGGGGCUGCCACGGCUGCCUCAUGUCCCGAGAUCCCUACUGCGGCUGGGACCAGGACCACUGCGCGUCUAUCUACAGUUCCCAGCGGUCAGUGCUGCAGGCUAUUAACCCAGCUGAGCCACACAAAGAAUGUCCCAACCCUAAACCAGACGGUGCCCCGCUGCAGAAGGUUUCCCUGGCCCGAAACUCGCGAUACUACCUGACCUGCCCCAUGGAGUCCCGCCAUGCCACCUACUUAUGGCGCCACGAGGAGAAUGUGGAACAGAGCUGUGAGCCGGGCCACCAAAGCCCUAGCUGCAUCCUUUUCAUCGAGAACCUCACGGCCCGUCAGUAUGGGCACUACCGCUGUGAGGCCCAAGAGGGCUCCUACCUCCGUGAGGCUCAGCACUGGGAGCUGUUGCCUGAGGACAGAUACCUUGCAGAACAGCUAAUGGGCCGUGCCCGUGCCCUGGCCACCUCCUUCUGGCUAGGAGUCCUGCCCACACUCAUACUUGGCCUGCUGGUUCACUAGGGGCUUCUAGGAGCUUGGUGUAUCCCAGACUUCUAUAGCCCGGGAAUACUAGAAAAAUAUCACACUCACAGCCGGCUGGCCCGGGAGCUCCUUGUCCACGGAUUCUUCCAGGGGUACUAAAUAAUCCAGUGGGGGGACAAAGGGCCUGGAGAUGUCCAGCCGCAGGCGGCUGCUGAGGCCCAGGUGGGGUGGGAACAGCGAGGGACAGCAAAAUGAAGGCACCGACUGUGAAGCUGGGCCAUCAGUGACCCGAGACUUUAUCUUCCUGAGAUUAUUUUUCGAAAUCUCCUCACACUUGACUUCAUGCAGUGAUGCAUCUGGCCCGAGAGCCCAGCAGCCUGGCAGUGGGCUUUGGGAAGGGAGCUGAGACCCCCACCUCUGGACCUUGGGGCUGAGGCCUGAGUCCUUUGGGACCACUGUGCCCAACUGCUUCCUUUCCUGACCCACUGCUGGGUGGCCAGCGUUCCUGCAGACCCAGGCUGCUCCUCUGCACCUCCCUCACAGCCUGGGUCCCACCGGACAGCGCCUUGCAUGUUUAUUGAAGGAUGUUUGCUUUCCGGACGGAAGGACGGAAAAAGCUCUAUUUUUAUGUUAGGCUUAUUUCAUGUAUAGCUACUUCUGACUGCAUCUGUAUGAAAUACCAAAACUACAUGCUGGGGGGUGGGUAGAGGGAGGGCUUGGGAAGGGGGGGUGGGGGCUGAUCCCAGGCUGGGGCUCCCUGGGAUGAGAUUGGAGUCCAGGGACAGGCAUGGGUUUGAAGAGACUGGCAUGAGCUGGCUCUGCCCUGAGAGCCCAGUCUGAGGGCAUGAGCCUCCAGUGUGGGGUGUUUCUGGGAGGGGUGGGUGAGGGAGACGGGAGAGCGGAGAAGAAAACUGAGCCCUAGGUAGAUUUGCCGUGGUCAUUUUGAAGGAGGAGCCGGGUCCACAGGGGGAGGUUCCAGGACUCUGCCCUUGGCAUUGGGGGUUGGGGGGCAGGGGGAGACUCCUCCCUUCCCUUCAGCCCCCUUCCCCAGGGGCUGUGCUUCCAUGCUCCUAGCCUCCCACCUUCAGCUCAGGACAUGUCCUAACUUAGGCUAAACUGUGAAAAUUCCCGUGGAGAUGGCCCAGGCCGAGCUCUCCAAGUGGGCCUCCCUGUCCCCAGUCCAUGGAUUUCAGCAGAGAGCUGACCCUUCUCCAGCUGUGUCUGGGGCAGGGCCUGGGGCCGGGGGCCUUCCAGCUUCCGUCCCUUAUCUCUUCUCAAUGCACUUUAAUAAUGUAACAUAUUACUAAUAAACAAGCUAUUUAUUUA